UACAGAAAGACAGGUCUGGAAUAUAUGUUAAAUUAAAACGUGGAGCUACUACAUUGACAGAUUUUUCCUGCCUGACGCUUCUCUCUGGAAUCAGUGCUGGGAUUUCCUGAGACUUGGUUCGCAGUGUGGGAAAUUGGCAUUUUUGUUUAAAAGGCUGCAGUUGUUGCCACUCAUCAGAAUGAGGUCCUUGGCCCUUGGCCUCUUCUGCCUGUUGUGCUGUGACGCAGUGCGGCUGGACAGGCGCCGUCCCAAACCCAUCACAGCCAGAAGGCAAAAUGAGUCUACUGUCCAAACCAAAGCAUUGGAGAAUGCCUGUAAAGCCAUCCCGCUGGAUUUCUUCUUUGUCAUUGACAGCUCCAGAAGCAUCCGUCCCAACGACUACGAGAAGGUCAAGACUUUCAUAAUCAACCUGCUCCAGUUCCUCGAAGUCGGCAGUGAUGCGACACGCGUGGGUCUGCUCCAGUACGGCAGCGUGGUCCAGCCCGAGUUCUCCCUCAACACCUAUACCAAGAAGGCCGAGGUGGAGCAGGCGGUGAGGAACAUGGAGCACCUCGCCACAGGGACCAUGACGGGUCUGGCCAUCCAGUACACCAUGGAGACAGCCUUCACCGAGGAGCAGGGAGCCCGACCGAAGAGCAUGCACAUCCCACGUAUUGCAAUGAUUGUGACUGAUGGGAGACCUCAGGACACGGUGGAGGAGGUUGCAGCUCAGGCGAGACGGGCUGGCAUCCAGAUCUUUGCUAUUGGAGUGGGCAGGGUGGAUAUGAACACCCUGAAGGCCAUAGGAAGUGAGCCACACUCUGAGCAUGUGCACCUGGUGGCCAACUUCAGCCAGAUAGAAACGCUGAUCUCAGUGUUCCAGUCCAAACUGUGUGGAGAUGCAGAGAUGUGUGACGUGGUGGACCAUCAGUGUCAGCAUAUCUGCGUGAGUAGCCCUGCCUCAUACAGGUGCAAGUGUAGGAAAGGAUUCACCCUCAACCCUGACGGCAAGACGUGUAAAGCUGAGGAUACAUGUGCUGUGGUGGAUCACGGCUGUCAACACAUCUGUGCUAACCUGCCUGAUGGCUACGAGUGUCGCUGCCGUCCAGGGUAUCAACUAACAGUAGACAACAAGACAUGCAACAGAAUAGACUACUGUGACCUGGGGAACCAUGGCUGUGAACACGACUGUGUCAGCGUUCCAGAGUCCUACAUCUGCAGGUGUAACAAAGGCUAUGUCCUCAAUCUGGAUGGAAAAACCUGCAGCAAGAUUGAUCAUUGUGCUGAUGGCAGUCACGGGUGUGAGCAGGAGUUCAUGAACACAGCAGACUCCUGUAUAUGUAAAUGCAGAAGAGGCUUCACACUCAGACCAGAUGGAAAAACAUGCAAGAAGCUCGAUCACUGUGCUGAUGGCAGCCAUGGGUGUGAACAGGAGUUUAUGAACACAGAGGACAGCUGUGUGUGUAAAUGCAGAAAAGGCUACACACUCAGACCUGAUGGGAAAACAUGCAAAAAGAUAGAUCACUGUGCUGAUGGGAAACAUGGCUGCGAGCAGGAGUUCAUGAACACAGAAGAUUCAUGUGUGUGCAAAUGCAGAACAGGAUACACGCUGCAACCUGACGGAAAAACAUGUCAGCAGACAGAGUGCGGCGAUGGAGUCAUGGAUCUAGUUUUUGUGAUCGAUGGCUCCAAGAGUCUGGGUCCAGCCAACUUUGAGCUUGUCAAGCAGUUUGUAAAUGGCAUCGUGGAUUCGCUGAACAUUUCCAGGAUGGGAACGCAUGUGGGCCUUCUUCAGUACUCCACCAAGGUGCGCACAGAGUUUACCUUGAGCCAGUACACCACUGCGCGGAACAUCAAGCAGGCGGUGAGCCGGAUGCAAUACAUGGGAAGAGGCUCCAUGACUGGCUCAGCUCUACGUCACAUGUUUGAGUUCAGCUUUUCAGCCAAAGAAGGCGCCAGGCCGAACACCCCACGUGUCAGCAUCGUGUUCACUGACGGAAGAUCACAGGAUGAUGUUUCCGAAUGGGCCACGAAAGCAAAGAACUCUGGGGUCACAAUAUACGUCUUGGGUAUUGGUAAAGCCAUUGAACAGGAGCUGAGAGAAAUAGCGUCAGAGCCUGAUGAGAAGCAUCUGUAUUAUGCUGAGGAUUUUGAGAAAAUGGGAGAAAUUACAAAGAAACUCAAGUCCAGGAUAUGUACAGAUAAACCAUCCGAUGACAGCAUGUGCCAGUGUGAGAACAUGAUAAUGUUUCAGAACCAAGUUACUGAGAAGCUGAAGAACCUGUUUCAGAAUAUUGAAGCCAUGUCACAGAGGUUGGAGACACUCGAGAAUCAACUUGUGCAUAAUUAAAAGACUGAAACCUGUCCAUCAACCCUCCACUAAUCUGCAGUGUAGCAUUCAUGGGAUCCUGCUCAACAAGCUGCGCUGAACAAUAUGCAAAUAAAAUGCUUUCUACUGAAGAUAUUUAUACACUUUUCUAAUAACACAAUGUAUUUUUGUUUGAGAUGUUCUUUGCUACAUUAUACCAAAUCACAUACAUAACUCUCUGUACAGCAGAUUGACAAAUAAACAUUUUACACCUCA